CUCACUGUCAGUGGAACAAAAAAUGGACGAGGAGUUCGCUUUUAACUCGACUGUCUUUCAUCUGAUGAAUGAGUCGGCGCUUUUGCGCUCAAGACUCAACGACAUGGGCACCCAGGUGGACAAGUUCUUUACCUCCAUCAUGGCUAUCGUUGUCAUUAUUCUACACACGGGAUUCGGAUUUCUGGAAGUGGGCUCGGUGCGGUCGAAGAAUGCGACUUCCGUCGUGAUGAAGAACAUGCUGGAUUUGCUGCUUGGGGCAUUUGGCUACUGGAUCGUGGGCUACACUCUGGCGUACGGCCGCGGCUCGGCCUUCCUCGGCAUGUACCCGUACAUCGCGGGCCACAAGCUGGGCCAGGAGGCGCAGUUCGCCAACUGGUUCCUCCAGUUUUCCUACGCCAUCACCUCCUCCUCCAUUAUCUCGGGUGUCAUCGUCGAAAGGUGCACAUUCAUCGCCUACCUCGUCUACAGCGUCUUUACCACAGCGGUGACUUACCCUGUCGUGUCGCAUUGGGCGUGGUCUCCAGAGGGCUGGCUGGGCUUGUUGGGCUUCAAGGACUUCGCGGGCAGCGGCGUGGUGCAUUUGUGCGGCGGCAGCUGCGCCGUCGUCGCCUGUGUACUCAUCGGCCCGAGGCGCGGCCGCUUCCCCAAGAAGGCGGAUGCCGAGUUUGAUGGCCACAGCACACCUGCGGUAGCGAUGGGCGGCAUGGUGCUCUUUGUCGGCUUCCUGGCGUUUAACUGUGCCUCGCUCCUGCACAUCUCGCAACCAGGCGAUGGCGAACUCGUGGCCAAAGUUAUUGUAAACACGGUGUUGUCCGGAUCGGGCGGCGUCAUCGGCGGCCUUCUCGCCUCCAGGCUCGGCUUGCUUGGCGGUGACAAGUACUGGAGCUACCUGCACACCCUCAACGUUGGUCUCUUUGGGAUGGUUUCUGUUUGUGCGAACUGCGAUGCGGUUGAUAUUUGGGCUGCUUGGGUGAUUGCCCUCUGUGGUGGAAUAAUCUACAGCGGAAUCGUCAGACUUUUAGAAAAACUUGAAGUGGACGACCCUCUGAACGCAAUUGCGGUGCACUUCGGCGGCGGGCUGUGGGGUCUGCUGGCGAGCUCGGUGCUGCGCGAGGAAGCAUUGCAGGACAACGUGAAGGCGGGCCGCUUCCUCGCUUACAACUGCAUCGGCGCACUGGCCAUCGUCGCCUGGUCAAUGGCCAUCACGGCGGUCAUCUUCGGCUCGCUGCGCUACGCCGGUGUGCUGCGGCCCUCUGAGCAAGACGAAUGCGUCGGCAUGGACCUGGCCACGCACCACGAGCCCGCCUACGCCUUCAAGCCCGCCGACGUCGGACUCUACCAGCACCACGAAGACAAAGCAGAGGAAGAGGAGCCACUUGCGAGCGUUAGCGGUGCUGCUGCACUGCGACACAAGAACGUCGAAGGCGGCUUGACUGACCCUUUCCUCGCCAUGACCGGCUGCAAUAUUUGAAGUUUAGGCAUCAAGAAGAAUUGUGAAUAAACUUUAAUUUUGUGUGUUAAAUAUGUACCAGAGAGUGGAUUUAGCACAUUAUCUUUCUUUUUAAUGCACUGUUUGCGUCAAAUUUCAAACUUAAUUGUCUUCAUCUAAAAAAACGAACUAACUACUGGAAUCUCCAUUUAGUUAGUUCGCUUCAAGUUCGUUUAUAGGGAAUCAUCAUAAUAAAUGAUUUAUUUCACCAACGAAAAGCAAUUAUGGGCUGUACAGUAGUCUGUAUAGGAACUCUUGUUGAACUAAAAUAUGUGUAACCAUUAAGCAAAAAUUCAAUUGCAACUCAUUGCAGGUCUUAGUAGCUGGUUUGACCAUAUCUAGAUUUAAUCGUAUUAUAUUAAAUAACUGUAUCCAUUUCAAUAGCUCAAGAAUUAUUGUCUCCCCAAAAUCAUUUCUAGAAACAAGGUCCUUGUAUUCUUAAAUUUCUUGAAAUUUUACAGCAAAAU